AUGAAGUUCCAGCUACUUGUGGUGAUAGUGUGGUGCAUUGUAUGCGCAAUCUCGGUGCAGUGUCGGCAUCAGCCGAAUAUGACCGAGUACAAGCUGAUGCCGCGAGUGUUUCAGUUCGACGAUUACGACGAUUGUUUGAACGAUGAUCCCACCGUUCCCGGAGUGUACUGCAUGGUGAAGGCGGUGGUGCAUCCCAACCAGUCGUCCCGCGUAUGGAGAGUGAUCGAAGAGUACUCCCGCAAUUGGAAGCAACAUCUGAAUCACGCGCAUCUGGAUCGAGGGAUCUGCCUGCAGAACUGUGCCCUAAAACUGGCAUCGCUCGACAAGACCAUAGAUCUCGCAAAGCUUGUGGUGCCGAAAUUUGAAAUCGAUUUUCCGUACAUCAUCAAAAAUGGCACAUUCCGUGACGUAGACGAGUAUAGACGCAACUACUCGACGAUGCUGGCCCAAUGCGUUAAUUACGACCUGAUGCAGCAACAUGGUAUACGGGCAUACACCGAGAUCGAAUACUGCGAUAGUAACACGAAGUCCUAUCCAAUUGAUAGUUUAGAAAUCGCUUUCUUAGUUGUGCUAGCCACUCUCUUGACGGUCGUACUUGUCUCAAGUUGGUACGACCAUCAUUGCAAAACGCAGCAUGGAUUGGAUCAUUACAAAACAGAACUUACUAGCAAAGUUUCCAUGGCAUUUGUAUCGUUUUCGAUCAUUCGCAACUGGUACCGUCUCACAUCCAGAGGCAAUGAUACACUGAGUCACUCCAUACGGUAUAUCCAUGCGGUAAGAUUUAUGAUAUUCAUGAUGAUAAACAUGGGUCAUAACAUCUUAUACGCUCAGCCACGGACGGCAAUGGUCAUCGAACGGAAAUACGAUGAGCUCGAUUCCAUGGUUAUUGCCAACGGAUCCCACGUAGUGACCACGUUCUUCUUCAUCGGGGCGUUAAUGUUGGUGCUGUCACUGGUAUCCAAAUUGGAAGAAACCGGCAAAAAACUUGGAAUCAUUGAAAUCAUAAUGAUAUCCAUUGCGCGCUACAUACGCUUAACUCCCGUCUACGCUUUUAUGAUGAUGUUAGAAGCCACGUGGUUGGUACGCUAUCUGGAUGGGCCCCUGUGGCGCAAGGGAUUUGAAACCUCACGUACCUACUGUCGCCGACAUUGGUGGGCGAAUCUCCUGUACAUCAACAACUACUACGCGACUGAUGAGCCGUGCAUGCAACAAUCGUGGUAUUUGGCGGCUGACUUCCACAUGUUCGUCUACGGAUUGGUGGUGUGUGCCAUUGUUCUGCGAUUUCCCAAACUGCGGACGUACAUUCUCUCCUUUCUGCUGUUAGUGUGGUCUAUGGCGGCAGCCAUUUUAGUGUACAUUAACGGAUACGAAGCGGUGACGGUUCUACCUCCACAACCGCUGAGAUUCUUUUUCUGGUACUGGGGCAUGUACCACGAUACAUACUUGCCUACCCAUAUGAAUCUGGUCAACUACACAGCGGCGAUUAUGGGUGCGUUCUACGUUCUACAUCUGAAGAAAACGAACUUCAAAGCACCAAAGAUGUUCGCGUUGCUGUGGUUUCUUGGCGUCUUGGCAAUGCCCGCCUAUUUCAUUUCGGGAUACUUCAUCUACAGCAACAUUUUUGAAACACCUGCCGUCUGGAUGGCACUACUAUACCCACUGGGGCGUAUAUUCUACACAGCUCUGAUGGUUUUGUUCACUGUCGGUUUCUUCUUCCGCGCCAGCAAAUUCGUACUCCGUAUGCUUAAUGUCCACUUCUUUGGCGUUCUCGGACGCUUGACGUACUGUGCGUACCUGUGUCACUUGUUCAUUACGAGGGCAGCAUCCUUCGGCACGAGGCGUUCGGUUAAUAUUGGUGUUUUUGAGAUGAACACAUCCAGUUGGGCGACCUUGGUAAUGUCCUACGUACUUGGUUGGGUGCUUUGCUUGACACUAGAGUCUCCGUUCCUUGCCCUCCAGAAGCUACUCUUUGAGAGUCUGAACAAGAAGCGCCCUCGUGUUGAAAGUGUCCAGAAGUAG